AUGGAGUCCGAAAGUUCAAGUGAGGCAUCAUUGGAGAAAUCAAUGGAGAAUGUGCUGCAAUUGCAAAAUUCAGAUAAUCUAGGUUUAAUCUUGGUAAGUGCUCCUCUAAAUGGUACAAAUUAUUUGCCUUGGAGUAGAGCUAUGAAGAUCGCUUUGUGUGCAAAAGAUAAGAUAGGAUUUGUUACUGGUGAAAUUGAAAAACCAAGCAAGAAUUCUCCUAUGUUUGAAAAAUGGAGACGUGUAGAUUGUAUGGUAAUGUCUUGGAUACUGAAUACUAUUUCAAAAGAAUUAAUCGAAGCAUUCUUAUACACAACCACAUCUAAAGAUUUGUGGAAUGAAUUGGAGCAAAGGUUUGGGGAGAGUAAUGGACGCUUGUUAUACAACAUUAAACGUGAGAUCAGUUUAUUCACUCAAGGAAACAUGCCCCUAAUGGUGUAUUUCACCAAGUUGAAGAAGUUAUGGGAUGAGGUACAAUGCUUGAGGCCAUUUCCUGUGUGCACUUGCGGCAACUGCACUUGCGGUGCAUCAAAAGCAAUAGCAGACUUUGAUGAAGAUGAAAAAUUAAUUCAAUUUUUGAUGGGACUAGGAGACCAUUAUGAUCAUGUCCGCAAUCAGAUUUUACUCAUGGAUCCACUGCCAAGUGCACGCAAAGCAUAUUCCAUGGCUUUGCGUGUAGAGAAGAAGAAGGAUGUACAGGCUGCUGUCGAUGCAAGUGAAAAUGUGGCAAUGAUGGUUAAUAACAAUUAUGUGAAGAAGGAUGCAAGAGGAAACAAAUUUCAGUCUUCAAAGAAAGGGAAGAAGAAAGAGGAUCGUUAUUGUACAUACUGUAACAAGUCAGGGCAUGUAAGGGAUGUUUGCUUCAAGUUACACGGCUAUCCAAAAUGGUUUCAAGAGUUCAAGCAAAGGAAAUUUCAUAGGCCGCAAACAAAUAUGGUGUUGCAAGAUACUCCACUGGAUGAGGCUGAGUUUAGUACGUUGAAGAAAACUGAUGAGUGGAAUAAAGAAAUAUCCAAUGUAGUGAAACAAGAAGUGAUGAAAUACCUUAAGGGUAAAAUAACUAUGGAGGAUAAUAGUCACAACUUUUCUGGUCUUGCUGGAUUUGCAGGUAUGGCAGAUGUGAAUUGUUUUCUUGGUGAUGAUUCUAGUUGGACAGGUGAAUGGAUUAUAGACACUAGUGCAUCCACACACAUGAUAUCUAACCCCACUUAUUUUGAUUCAUACCAACCCUUUAACCCUAAUACACAUGUAUACUUACCAGAUGGAUCCAAACAAAUAGUGGACAAAGACCAAUGGACUAGGGAAUUGAUUGCUAUUGGGAAGAUGACAGGGGGCCUAUAUCGACUGAAUAAAUCAUCAUUUCUUGACCCAAAGAAUCCCAUCCCACCUGGUGCACUAGUUCAUUGA